AUGGGAGGUUACUGGGUUGGCACUGAGAGGUCACCGGUGGCACUGGGAGGUCACUGGGGUGACAUUGGUGGCACUGGGGGCCCCGCGGUGACGCCGUUGCCGCAGCCCCGGUGCCGCCCCCGGCUUCGCAUGGACGUCGCCCCCUCCCCCGAAUUCCACCGGGAACCGGGACCGAGAGCGGUGCCCGCGGGGGGACGCGUGUUCCUGCAGGUGUCGCUGUCCCGUGCCCCCCCCGGCCUGGGUUUCUCUCUCCGCCGCUGUUUUGUGUCCCCGCGCUCGUCCCCGGUUCCCCCCCGGGGCCCCCCCCCGGUGCCGCGGCCGCUCGUGGUGCUGCGGGGGGGCUGCGGGGCGGGUGGGGGGCCCGGGGGAGUGCGGCGGCGGCUCCGGGGCUCGUUCGUGCUCCCGGCACGGUUCCCGGAGCCGCUGCAGUUCCUGCACUGCCGCCUGCGGCUCUGCCGCCAGCGGGGCGGAACCGGGACACCGGGGGGACUGCCCACGUGCCGUGCCGAGCCGUGUCCCCGCAGAGGGGGCGGAGCCUCCGGCUCAGGUCCCGCCCCCAGGCCCCGCCCUCGCGGCGGCCCCGCCCCCGGGCGCGCGCUGCGCACCGUGACCCGCCCGAUCGUGGUGACCCUGGGGACAGCGGCGACCCCCGCCCCCGGUGCCCCCCCAGGGCUCCCGCCGCUCCCGUUCCCGCCGCCACCCCCGUUCCUGCGCCCCCCACCCCCUCCCCAGGAGCGGCCCCGGGACCCCCCCGUGGCCCCCGCCGUGCCCCCCGGGGCCGUGGCCGCCGUUUCCUUUGGUGCCUUCAUGGUGGGGGCGGCGCUGGCGGGGGGGCUCUGGCUCGUGCACGGCCGGACAGCCCCCCAGGCCCCCCUGACCUCAGCACUGCCCCCCAGCCCGGGGAGCACCAGGACCACCCCCUCGCUGGAGGCUGUGGGGGCACACAGGGGUCUGGCCCAGAGCAAUGACCCCCCCCAGCAUGAGGACAAGGCCUUGCGCCGGGCUCCGGCCUCAAGCCACGGCUCCCCGGCACGAGGGUUUGUCCUCAUGAUGGGGGGAGGGGGGAGCGGCCUCGCACGAGGGUCCGGUGCCGCUCGAGGACCUCCAGCCUCGCACGAGGAGCCGGCCCCGAGCGGCGACCGGAGGGGACAGCCCGGCCUGGCACGAGGAGCCGCGGUCGUGCGAGGCCGCGGCAUCACACGAGGGCCGGGAGCCAGCGGCGUCAUCGCCGUCACGGCCUCACACGAGGACCAGGCCUCGCGCCAGGACCGGGCCCUGACCGAGCACCGGGCCUUGCCUGAGGAUCCGGCGCCUCCGGGGCCCCCCCGGAAGCACAACCCCCCCAGCCGGGGGGGGCCUCACCACGUGUACAUAGGGAUGGGGGGACCCCCAAAAUCCGGGGGGGGACAAAGAGGACCUUUAACAGAUGGCCACCACAGAGUCACUGUGGCCACCAAGGGCAUGGCCAGGGCCAUCAGGGGUCACCGAGGGCCACCGGACGGUCACCACAGGGUCACCGGGGCCACCAUGGGGAUGGCCAGAGCCAUCGAGGACCACCACGAGGCCACUGCAGGGCCGCUUGGGCCAGCACAGGAAGAGCCAGGAGGUGGCCAUGGCCACCAACGGCCACCAAAGGCACCAGAGGGAGAGUCGGGGAUGGCCAACACCACCGAUCCGCCGCCAUUUUGGCCAUCACUGAUGACAUCACUUCCGUCGCAGCUGUCCUACCACUUCCGGUUCCGGCGCGGCUGUAGCGGAGCUAAGAAGGCCCGGGAGGUACCGCGCGGAUCUUUGAGGGCCCGGUGGUCCCGGGGUGGGAGGGAUUUAGGGGAUCCCGAAGGGACUCGAAGGGUACCGGGAGGGCUCGGGAGGUACCGGGAGCGCUCGGGGGGUACCGGGAGGGCUCGGGAGGUACCGGGAGCGCUCGGGGGGUACCGGGAGCGCGCGGAGGGUUCCGGGAGGGCUCGGGGGGUACCGGGAGCGCUCGGGGGGUACCGGGAGGGCUCGGGGGGUACCGGGAGCGCUCGGGGGGUACCGGGAGGGCUCGGGAGGUACCGGGAGGGCUCGGGAGGUACCGGGAGCGCUCGGGGGGUACCGGGAGCGCGCGGAGGGUUCCGGGAGGGCUCGGGGGGUACCGGGAGCGCUCGGGGGGUACCGGGAGGGCUCGGGGGGUACCGGGAGCGCUCGGGGGGUACCGGGAGGCUCCUCCCUGCUUAA